AAAAAAAAUAGUUGGAGUUGGAUUGGAGGAGCAGUGAUUGUGGUCCUGUUGUUUUGUAUAUUUUUAAUUACUUUUUCUAAUUUUUAGAAAAUAACAGCAUCAGAUUCAAACAAACAACAUACUUACCUGUGUAUAUUGUAAAUAGUCAACCAACGCAAGUGUUAAUGACGAACAACGGUUUACAAACAAAAGAGCAGGCUAUGACUUAGGCCGAGCGAUAAAAAUGGAGGUGGUACAAGAUGGUCGGUAUGAGCAAAGUGAGAACUUGCCAGGAAGCAGUGCCGACAGCGAUGCUUCUAGCAGUUUAUUCGAAAGCAACGACAGUGAAGACUUAGACAAAACCUCCGACGAUGAGGACCUAAGGGAAGAUCUACUGAAAAUCAUCCCACAAUGCUACAAAUCCGACUCCAAUUUCUCAUCACAGACGCCUAGUGAUUUUAAUGAUGAUGAAUUUCAAGCGUCAGCUCUUUGCCAAUUCAUGGAUAUCUUAAAUGAUUUAGAUGAAGUUUUAGACAAGUCCCUAUUGGCUUGUCUUGACGAAAGCUCGAAGAGCUUCGAUAGUGACGAAGAAGAUUUAAUUUGUAAGAUCAAAGAAUGCAUCGAAACGGAACAAAUGUCUGAUAAUUCGGAGGAGAUAAGCUCUAUAGAUGACAAUACUCAAGUAGUAGUAGCGAAUCUACAACUCUCAGCGCCCCCUAUCAAUGAAAGUGAAACAACACACGAGAGGGUGAAUCUCACGAACUUAGGACGAUCAAAGAGUUUUACAGAUUUAUCUGAUAGUAACAGACAAACAAUGGUUUCGUCACUAGAGCGGGCGCGAACUACGAAUGAUAGCAUACGUAACUCCAUGAGAAGGCUGGAUCCGAUUGUCCUUCCGGCGAUUUCAACAGAAUCGUGUGAACCUCUUACGUUGCCAGUGAUUCUUUUCUUGGAGCAUCAUGUGAACAUGCGGCCGACGAGUGCGCCGAUACAAUUGCAGGUGACGGCGGCAAAUUUGAGCACCGAUUGUAGCUCGGGACCGCUGAUUGUGGGUCGCCGAGCGUUGCUCAUGAACCGGACCUUAUCCUUGCCAUCGCCUAUCGAGAGUGACGUCACUGGGGAGUGGACAGGGAGGAACACUGCCCGGAGCACAGCCAGAAGUACAAGCGCGUCGAGCUCCUCAUCAGAGUCUCUGAACGCGGUCCCAGCUGCCAAUAAUAACAUUGGUGCCACGGAAGAGAGAAAUGACGAGACUGAAGAGCGUCCUUUAGGAGUUUGGCCCCACCGGAUGAGUGCUAUGCUAGCGUGCCUGAGUUGUACUGUAGGAUUAUUUAACAUUUCUCGAUUCGCCAUAUUCAGUGUUCAUUUUGGAGCAAGUUUCAUAAUACAGUUCUUUAUACUGUCAUUUUUGAUUGGGAUACCUUUGUUUACGCUAUACCUAUGUUUGGGCCAAGUAUUGGAAGCUGGUCCCGUGGACAUGUGGAGGAUAUCGCCAAUAUUCCAGGGUGUUGGCGUGGCUCUGCUCAUCACGCAAGCGGUCAUCGGCAUCUACAGCAUAAUAGGAGUGUCGUGGAUACUCGUAUAUUUCAGAGAUUCGUUUAUAACCUCAGAUGAUCAGUAUAAAUGGGCGUUGCCUCAUGAAUUUAAUUUCGAAGCGGCGACAUUGAAAAAUUCGUCCGUCAAGUUGCAAGAAACCUUGCCUCAGUAUUUUCAUGGAGAGGUGCUACAGAGAAAUUUCUCAUCAAAUUCAUACUUUGGUUCUAUAAAGUUUCAAGUUGCAUUCAAUUUGGUCGUAAUAUGGAUGAUUGUGUUCGUCGCGCUUAGUAAAGGAUUGAGAUCGUAUGGCAAGGCUGUGUAUAUGCUGAUAUUUCUGCCCAUCUGCGGAGUACUCGUGUUAUGUAUCAAGUUGUUGACUCUAAUCCCUUAUAACUCCGUCAUUAACAUAUUUUCUGACACGGAAUGGGGCGAAUUCUUCAUCAACAGCAAUAGUUGGGCGGCGGCGGCACAAGAGAUCUUCCUAACGUGGGGGCUUCUAGGGGCCUGCAUAAUGCAACUCACCUCACACAAAAACGCCAAGAGCAAAACCACAGCCGUGCUUCAGAGAGAGAGCGCUUGUAUUAUCGCUUUCACCUUCGCCGUAUUACUUCUAGCGUCUUUCCUCGCCAAUGCGUGUGUUAUGAUACUCAAGAACCACGGAUAUGCAUACACGCCCAGCAGCUUCGAAACAAUAAAAUCGUCUCAAUUCCUCUGGCCGACGUCUGAGCCGAUGCCUGGUAACACAGCGUCUACUCCGGUGCGCUACAUGGGGCACUACGGCAGCCUAGUGGGGGUCACUGUGUGGCGGUCCGGCAACGUGGCCCGCUCCAUCAGCGGCUGGCAGCCACUGCAGCUGGCAACACAGAUCGUGCCCGCCACGCUCGCGGUGUUGCCCGCUAACAUGUUAUCCCCGGCGUGGGCGGUAAUCUUCUAUUUCGUCCUGAUAAUGUUCGGUAUCGCGCAACAACUGGCCAUAUGGCAUUGCGUCAUCACUGGAGUCAUAGCCUUCAACGUGGAGGUACUCAAAGUUUGGGAGACCACUAUCACACUACUGAGUUGCGUCUUCGGUUUAGGCGUGGGCCUGCUACUCAGCACUGAUGCGGGCAUAAAGCUGGUGCAGUUCACGGACGUGGUGUGGGUGGGAGUGUGGUGGCAAUGCGUGGUGAGCGUGGCACUGUGCGUGGCAGUGUUCGCAGUGCGCGGCCGGCCGUACUCCCCGGAGACGGUGAGCAGCGCGCUGCUGCGCGCGCGCGGCCCGCUCUGCGCCGCGCUCGCCUUCCUCUGGACCGUGGUGCUGCCCGUGUUGCUGUGUGCUAUCUGCGUGAUGGACUUCCGUAUUGGUCAGCAACGACAGUUCUAUAGCUGGAGGAAACCAGUCGGGUACUGGGCAGUGUGGUCUCGUCAAGUAGCCGUUCUCAUGCAGCAGGGAGUUCUACUGAUCAUACCAGUGGCAGCCUUCGUCCAAACGUGGCGAUACAUGAACAAGGGACCUCCUGAUAUACUCGAUGAAUACGGAAUUAGUGAUUUCACUGAAGAGUUGCGCAUCCAGAACCUGUACCGGCCGCGCAUGGGCCUGGAGAGCGAACACCGUGCCCCCCCUCCCCCCGCCACAUCGUCACCCCCCCCGCCGCUGCCCCCCGACCCGCCCCCCAAGUACACCCCCCCGCCGAGCUACUCCACGGCCACCGGUGCGCGGCUGCUGCACACACUGAGGAGAAGUUUUAGGACGCUUAGGAGGAUAACAUCAACUCGUGUCGAAGCGCCCCAGCCCUCGACAUCACAAAUACCCAUCACACUUAGCGAGACCGUCGACCGCGAACUAACAACCGAAAUCCAACCCCCUGACUACAGCAUCUAUACCACCCCCUCAAUCACCAUAACCGACGAAACAGACUCUAGACGACCUCUAUCGUCAACUUCGCGAAAUUCUUUAUCGUUAACAAGAGAUUAUUUACGUCGCUCGUUCGUAAGAAAAAGCGAUUCGGCUAAAAGCAUACGUUCAAGUUUACGUAGGAGCUUCAAGUAUGGUGGUGCCUUAACGACCAGCAAUGAGAAUUUGGUGCGCGGCGCUGAACCAAUGUCAACCACAGUGGCCAUGGCGGCCAUUGUGGACGAGAGAGCCUCUGUGAUAUAAUUUUUACGCCUUUGAGGCAGCCUUUUGUAGUGCUUUUUAGGGCAGGUAAAACUUAUAUAACCUACAAUAACAAACUAAAAAAACAUCACAUUGAAAUCAUAGCUGAGUAAGUUCGAUGAAGUCUCCACACAAAACUAGUAUAGUUAGAGCUAUGAUAACCUCUUGUGGCCGCCUCAAAUAAUAUUUCGGCAAAAUUAAGAUCAUAGUGUUAAGUAGUUAAAUCAAAAUAUUAUUUUUUCUUAUCAUUUGAAUAUAAAAAAUAAAGAGUUAGUUGUUGCACGUUUUUACACCUGUCCUAGAAAUAAUCUGUAGUUACCAACCGUCUACCAUGGAAAUAUUUGUUUUACUGUUAUACUUUUACUUAAAACAAUAGUUUCUAAACUUUGAACUAUUAAUGAAAUACGUAUGGUUCAAUGUUUUAAUGUUCUAUUAAUUGAAGAUAUUAUUACGUAUUCGACGGUUGGUUGACUUAUUAAAGAAAAUGUUGAUCUUUGUACAAACAUACACUUAAGAAGUGAUAGUAUAUAGAUUUUUUAUUAUUAUAGAUGUAGGAUUGUGUGAACGAUAAUAAGUACGCAUGUUAAUUUCAUACAAAUUCUAAUGGUAGUGUGCUUGGAAGUUUCGAGUUUGGAAGAUAUGAGUGUGUUAUAAACUACAUUGUGAAGACAAUAGCUCAUUUUGUAAUAGAGAAUAUAAUCAUUUUUUUUUUGUUAAAACUACAUUUAGGCGAUUAAAAAUAUCGAGUAGGUUUUACAAUUAUUCACUUAUGUAUACUUACAAUCGAAUAAUAAUUUCAGAGCUUAUAAUUAAACGUGUUUUAGAUUUUUUAUAGUAAUUACGGAAGCCAUUGUUAUUCAUAAGUAAUAUUCAUCGUGGUUCUAGAAAUGUGUUCUCGUAAGUUUAAUUUAUGGUAAGAUAUAUUUGGAGGUGCGUACUUGAUUUAUUGUUAUUAUUUUAGUGUCAGUGAUUGUAGGGAGCGGAAUCUCAUUGAGUGUGCAUUUGACAUGAUUGAAUAUACCACCGCCAUGAAAUAACAUGUCAUAUAAAAUUUUAAUCAAAGUAUUAAAUGUCAAAUAUAAAUUGAUAUAGCGAAUAUUUAUUGUCAAAAACUAUCGUCAGACUGGUAUUUCAUCAUUACAUAGUAUAAAAUCGUUUCUCGCUGUCUGUCCCGUAGAUUGAACUGUCUGUACGAGUAGAUUUUUAAAACUAUGUAUAACAGAUUUUGAUGCGGGUUUUUUAAAUAGGUGUUGCAAAAGGAAGGUUUAUAUGUAAAUAACAUAAUAUUGCACCCGUACGAAGCGGGCGGGGGUUGCUAGUGUUAUAUAUAUUUUUUUAAGUUCGGCCCGAGUAUACAUAGGGUCCACAAGUUGCGACGGCCAAUACAAUUAUAAAUUUAAAUGAUUAGAUAAGAAUUUGUAAAAGUCGCACUCAAAUAAUGAUUUGUAUAGCUAGCUUUGUCGAUAACGUCCACUAUUAUUUUAACGUUAUUUAUAACUGUACUUAUCUGUAGUUUUAUUAUAAAACUAUUUCGUUGGGAAAUUCGUUCGUAUGACACUAGUUUUGUUGUAACAAAGUCCCGAUAAUAGGUAAUUGAGAACCAAUGUAUUGAGUUUAGAUAUGAUGAUAGAGAAAGCAGAGGUUUUUGUAUGAGCAAGGUGUUGCAAAUACUCACAGCAAUUGAUGAUGCUACUAUCGGUAAAAUUGCUAUAUUAAGAUUUAUCCAAAAGUAAAGAAAAAAUAUUGGUUACAUGCGAUGCUCAAAUAAGAAUGUUAUGAUACGAUUUAUGAAUUAUUUACACAAAUCAUUCAGUUAUGAAGUAGUAGAAUCUCGCAUACAUAAACAUUGAAAUUAGUUCCUUUUUGGGCAGUAGUUUUUAAAGUAUAAUUAUUACUGUAUCUAGGUAUUUGCAACAAUCUUAUUGGUUUGUUUAGAGUACAAGUAGUACAUAAGAAAGCAUCGGUUGUUCAAUUAGUUUUAAGUAAAUACCUUUUAAGAGUUCGUUCCUUUUUUGCAUUUUGAUGUUUAGAAUUUGAGUAUUUCGAAAUUAAAAUUAAUUAUGUUAGUUCUAGUCACUACACAUGCUUCCGCUUUUGAUUUUGUAACACAUCACAUUUUUAUUCUUUUUUUUUUAGAAAUUGUUUUAUUAAAUGUCGCUUGUCGCGCGUCUUAUUGCGCACACAUCUUUUGAUUUUGCUGUCUUUUUACAUUCCUUUUGUUGCAAUAUUUUUUAAAUAAACAAUUUGAAAUA